AUGUAUGAAAAUGUAUUGAACAUUUCUGAUACUUCACUGAGAAUUCUAUCAUUGUUAUAUAAAAUUAAGUUUAAUGUUUAUAAAAGUCAAGUCAUAACCACUUUUUGUUUGACUCAUCCUACAUCUCAUGGGAAAACUCCUCUUCAUGAUGCAGCAAUACAAGGAAAUAUAAAACUCACAGAUCUUUUGAUCAGGAAUAACGCUGAUAUGAAGGCUACUGACAAUAUGGGAAGAACUCCUCUUCAUGAUGCAGCAAUGAAAGGAAAUACAAAACUCACAGAUCUUUUGAUCAGGAAUAACGCUGAGGUGAAUGCUACUGACAAUGUGUUGUUGAAGGGUGAGUCCGGCUUGCAUCAAUCAGCAAGCAAAGGGGAAGACAACGUUGCUAAAGAUUAUGUGAGUCUUGGAGCCGAUGUAUCAGCUGUUGAUAAUAAGUUUGAGAAAAUUGCUAAUAAUUUGAAAUGGCCAGUGCCGUAUUGGACUACGAUGCUACAAAGUGUUUUUGAGGGUAAGGCCGCUGAAAUAUAUUCCGCAAUUCCAUCAGAAAAAAGUUCUGAUUAUGACACGGUAAAACAGGAAGUUUUGAAAGCCUAUGAGCUGGUACCAGAAGCUUAUAGACAGACAUUUAGAUCAUAUAAAAAGUUUGAUUCACAAACCUAUGUGGAAUUUGCUUGA